AUGGCGCCGAGAAAUCCAAGAGUGACAAAAGCCUUUGGUGCUAUGAAGGACCUUGGAAUUACUGAAGAUAAAGUGAAACCAAUUUUGAAGAGUUUGUUGAAGGCGUAUGACAAAAAUUGGGCCCCGAUUGAAGAGGAAAAUUAUAGAGUUCUGAUAGAGGCUAUAUUUGAAAAUGAGGAAGCAGAGGCAUCAAAGAAUAAGCAGAUGGAUAAUACCAACAAUAUGAAUAAGAUGGAUAUCGCUGAGCGAGAACAAGCUUUGGAGGUUGAAGAUCUGCAUCAUGAUGAGGCUGGACGACCUUUAAAAAGGUUACGCUUAAAAUAUGCAGAUCAAGCUUCAAAUUCAGUCGGGACUUCUCUCGUAAAGCCCAAAGACGAGCCAGUUGAACUUCCUGAAUUUCAGCCUCAGGAAGUUUGUUCAGUGUCAUCGAUUAGGGGAAAUGGGGAUGAAUCUCUACAGAGCUCUUCCCAUUCACUUGAUAAGAGCAAAGGAAAGCAACCCGUUUCACCUAAUUCCUUCACUGUCCAAGAGAGAACCUCUAAUUCUCAGUCUUUAAGCCUUGACAAAAGCCGAACAGAUAUCCCUAAAGAAAUGGACCCGGUUAUAGUUCCCCAUCAAAUGUGUUCCAGGAACAAAGGAAAGGAGACUCUUUCACCCAGAUUUGCUUCAGGGGAGGGGAGGUUGGAGCUUAAGAAAUCAUCUCCUGCAGUAUCCUCGCAGAGAAAUGAUUGUGAACCUAAAGAAGAACCAUUCACUGGUGAUAUUUCGGAAUGUCUUCCCCUUGCUGUUAUCCAUCCAGAGUCAUCAAAUGCAGAAGAUUCUACCAUGCCCAAAAACUCUUCCGGGCGGCAAAAUGGUGCUGAACCCUUAGCAUUGGAACCUCUAGCUAGGAAAAGAACAAAUGAUGACUUUUCAGCAUUUUCUAGAGAAACCAAAACAAAUUCUGAUGUGACAAGCAUCACAGAUGAAUCCACUUCUCAGCUGCAAGUUGCUGCGUCAGCCUUAGGAGAGGUGAACAUUUCUGUAAGCUGCAAUAUGUCUUCAUUAGGACCUGAUUUUCGUACUCCUAGUCUAGAUGAUUUGGUAAAAAUGGUGGAGGAUAGAUGUCUCCGGACAUACAAAAUUCUAGAUAAAAAUUUCUCAGUUAUGAAAAUCAUGAAAGAUAUGUGCGAGUGCUUUGUGGAGCUAGGAUCAGAGUCAUGUCAUGAAUCAGAGAAAACUGUACAAGUGAAGCCAAGAAUUGAUUUGCUCAGUAAAUUUCCUUCUCAGGAUCCUUUAGUAGGUGGACCCAUGCAUUUCGAUUAUCGAAGAGUUUCAGAUAAUGCUCAAUCAGACAAUGUGGGUGAUUUGCCCAAAGUUUUACCACUUCCUUCACCUGAUGACACUCCUGGAGCUGAAAAAGAUGCUAAUGGGGAAGUGAAUGUGGAUAAUGGUCAAAAUGAACUUAGUGAAGCAACUUGUAAGAGUUUGGUGGUGGUUCGGCAGCUGGAAGUUACUCCAGAUCAGAUCCAGUCUCUCCAUGAUGUGUUUGACAUAAGUAAGGGGCAAGAGAGAGUGAAAAUUACAUUAGACAGAGGAAACAUUGCAUGCUUGCCAUCUUUUCACUACAUUCCACAAAAUGCUGUCUUUCAAAAUGCAUACAUAAACUUCUCUCUUGCUCGUAUUGGUGAUGACAACUGUUGUUCAUCUUGUUUUGGUGAUUGCUUGUCAUCGGCGACGCCAUGUGUAUGUGCAAUUGAAACUGGUACCAAAUUUGCUUACACAUCUGAGGGACUUGUCAAGGAGGAGUUUCUUGACGAGUGUAUUUCUAUGAAUCGUGACCCUAAAAAGCACUGCCAAUACUUAUGCAAGGAAUGCCCAUUGGAGAGAUCCAAGAAUGGUGAUGAUGUGGUGGAACCUUGUAAGGGUCAUUUGGUGAGGAAGUUCAUUAAAGAGUGUUGGUGGAAGUGUGGCUGCAGUAAAAGCUGUGGAAAUAGAGUUGUUCAGAGAGGGAUAACUCAUCAACUGCAGGUGUUCAUGACAGAAGGAAAAGGGUGGGGGUUGCGUACUCUUGAAGAUCUGCCAAAAGGUGCAUUUGUUUGCGAAUACGUUGGUGAAAUAUUAACAAAUGCUGAGCUCUUUGAUCGUGUUUCACGAAGUCCAAAGGGUGAAGUGCAUUCAUAUCCCGUGCUGCUUGAUGCUGACUGGGGUUGUGAAAGGGUUCUAAAAGAUGAAGAAGCCCUGUGUCUAGAUGCAACUUUUUAUGGGAAUGUGGCGAGGUUUAUUAAUCAUAGAUGCUUUGAUUCAAAUAUGGUUGAGAUACCAGUUGAAAUAGAAACUCCCGAUCACCACUAUUAUCAUCUUGCUUUUUUCACUACAAGAGAGGUGCGAGCGAUGGAAGAACUUACUUGGGAUUAUGGUAUUGAUUUUGACGAUGUUGAGCAUCCAGUCAAGGCAUUUCGCUGCCACUGUGGCAGCAGGUUUUGUAGGAACAUCCGACGUCCAAGUAGUAAGUAA